AUGUUAGCUGUGGAGCGGAAGGAUGACUUGAGAGCCAGCUUGCUGCAGUGGAUGUUUUGCUGGCUCAUGCUGCAGACUGGGGGCCGCCCUGGCCACGUUUUCACAGCGUCUGACUUCUUGGCGCAUGUCAAAACGGCAAAGAAAACCAAGGCGCGGCUGGACAGCUGGGGAGAAUUCCGCUGCGAGAGUGGGGGCUGGUCGCCUGUGCAGGACGUUCCAUUGGCCCUCAACAACCACUACUGGGGUAGUCUUGGAGUGGCAGCGCGCUUCAAGGACGCCAUCAAGCGCGACCCAGCCUUUGCAAUCGCUCAAUUCCCGACCCUCACGGAGCAGCAGAUUGAGAAGGAGCUUGUGCAUGUCAGGCAAGGCGCGUCCGCAGACAAGCUGCAGGUGAAGGCUGCCACAUCAUCUACCCCUUGA